UUUGCUACUUUUAUGGUACAAACGAUUGCUUCGAAAUUACCAAAUGCGAAAGAUCAUUAUAGAUAUGUUAUGUUGUCACAUGAAGUAGAGGUUACGUUUGAGAUGCAUUUUCAAAAACUAAUUUAUGAUUAUCAAAUAAGACGGUCACGUUUGUGCUUGUUAUUUGUUAUAAAGUAAUAUCAUAAGUCAUUGAUGGAGAAAUAAGUUAUCGAUUCGAAAUUUCUAUGACAUAUUGACGAUACUGCGAUACGAUGCCAAUGUCCAAUUUAUGCUGCGUGGUAUGUAACAUAAAUCUCGAUGUUUCGUCCUACGUGAAUAUAUUUUGCACAUCCUUACCUCGGAACGGAGAAUCGUUAGCAAAUUUUUUAUCGAAAGUGCUUCACAUACCUGUUCCUGAAUCAAACGAUUCUUAUAUCUGUUUACAAUGUUACAAUCUGUUCCAAAUGUUGGAACAAGCACAGAAGACUGUUUUAAACAUACGUUGUGAAAUUUUGAAGAUAUAUCGUACUACGGAAAGGAGAAAAAAUAUAAAGCAAUCGGUGAAUAACAAUGUGAACUUGAAUUUAAGCACAAGCAUAGUCUUAGAAGAAAGCAAGUUAGAUGUAAAUAAUGACGAAGAACGCAUAAAAGGAGGCACAAAUUCGCAACCCUUUCAAAUCAACGAAACGACAAAACAACAAUGUAUUCAAGACAAAGUAAACAGGCAAAUAAUAAAUCUUCGGAACAUAGAUCGCGAUGUUAGUACAAAGUCCAGUGCAAAUCCAAAGAAGGAAUUAAAAAAGAAAAUUACAGACUGCGCUGAAAUAGAUAAUAUAAACUCGUUUGAUUGUAGUAAAAAUGAGAUUUUAAGACACGAUACGUUUCCUAAUCCGAUUGCAUUAACCGAUAAGAACAAUGUGUAUAGUAUUAGUUCUUUGCAAAGUAAUAUGUUUAAUUUUAAGUGGAAGGAAUUAGACGAAAAUGUUACAGAAGUAGAGGUGAAUACAGAAAGUACAACAGCAUCAAAAAUUGAUCAGCCGAAUGUUCCCAUAAAAUCAGGGAAAGUAUCAAAAUGUAAUUUAAAACCAUUGAAAUAUUCUUGUUCCACUUGUGGUAAAAGAUGGAAGACGUCGGCUGAACUAAAAACGCAUAUAAAAACUCACUCUACGUUGAGACCGUAUAUGUGUGAAAAAUGCGGGCAAGCGUACAAACAUAAACAUGCAUUAGAGAUACACGUGGGAAUGCAUAAUGGAAUAAAUCCAUUUCAAUGCAAUUUCUGUAAUAAGUGUUUCACGCAGAAAGGAGCGCUUAUGAGACACUUGCCGAUGCAUACUGGUGAAAUGCCUUACCAAUGCGAAUUAUGCGGUAAACGAUUUAUACAUCAUACGUCGUACAGCAUGCACAGAUUAUCACAUAGCGGAAAGAAAUCUUACAAAUGCCAUAUGUGUGAUAUAUCUUUGCUUUCAACGUCUCAUUUGAAAAGACACAUGCGAGUUCAUACGGGCGAGAAACCAUAUAGUUGCACAUUAUGUGGGAAACGUUUCGCCGAACGAUAUAAUUUGUUCGCGCAUCAAAAAAUUCACGAUCCGUUUGAAAAUAAAACGAAGAAUAUCAACGAAACGCAAUACCAAUGUAAUCGUUGUAACUUGGUGUUCGAACAAAAGCAAACUUUGAGCGACCAUUUAAAAUAUCACACUGAUACAGGAACCGAGUUUGAUCUAAAAAAAUCAUAUUCGGUCUUUCCGGUUCAGUCGGAAAUUAAAGAAUCACCAAAAAAAAUGAAUUCUGAACAUGGUGUGCUGCCGCAAACGUGGAUUGAAACGAAUCAUUCGAAAUUAGAUAUCAUCGAUAAUCAAACGAAAUUUGUGCUCCUACAGAAUCCUUUACCUGAGAUCAAUGAGAGCUCCUUUGCGGUCACGUUCAACGAACAAAAACUAUCUGUGGAAAGUACAAAUUAUAAUACGAGUUUACAGGUAAUUAUAGAAUCAUCAGAUACGUCACUUUUAAACAGUAAUCUUCCUUCCAUCGAUAAAACGCACAUGUGAUCGAGCAAUAAAAUAUAAUGAAAAUGUUAAUAUAAAAAAAAAAUAAUGUUAAGCGAUCAAUUUUAGCGUUUAAAGAGUAAUAUAUAAUUCGUUUCUUCGAUGCGUCUAACAAGAUAGUUUUGUUCAACUAAAUGUAUUAACUUACGUGUUUCGUAUUUUUUCUUCGUUUCGUAUAUAGUUUUCUCAAUAUGCAU